CCAAAUUCAUUUUACAUUUCAACUACGCUCCAAAAAAACUCGAAACAAUUUGUAGCGGCAAAAAUAAGGACCAACCCAUCCUCCGCCAUCCUCCACACACAACUGUAGAACAACACGAUGCCUCGCACAGGCUUCAUCGGCUCCUUAUCGACGCCCAAGGUCGAUGUCGUCAUCGACAUGGGUAACCCCUUUCUCAAUCUCACCGUCGAUGGCUUCUUGAAGAUCGGAUCCGUCGCUGCUACUCGAGCGGCUGCUGAGGAUGCAUAUCAUGUCGUUAGAAAAGGAACGAUUUCUACUCACAAUUUUGAAAACACGUUGAAGAAAAUGUGUAAAGAAGGUGCAUAUUGGGGAACUGUAGCUGGAGUUUAUGUAGGUAUGGAGUAUGGAGUAGAAAGGGUUCGUGGUACAAGAGAUUGGAAAAAUGCAAUGAUUGGAGGUGCUUUGACGGGAGCUCUAGUAUCAGCAGCGAGCAACAACAAUCGGGACAAAAUUGUUAUCGACGCAAUUACAGGAGGGGCCGUUGCAACCGCUGCAGAGUUCAUAAACUAUCUUACUUGACACCGAGGUUUUCUGACCAUUUUCGUCUCCCGUCCCUUGUAAACCUUGAGCAAAAGAAUAACCAGCUUCGUAUUAUUAAUGAAGGAAAAGAGUUAGAAAGUAAUAGAAACAUCUUCUUUCUUCAUUAAUGAGAGCCACAUGUUUUGUUGAGGCUGUAAUCGUACCUAUAGUUUCAUUGUUAUAAGGAACAAAACUAUUGGUUAAGCUUUUAAGAAAGCGAUAUUUCUUCUUAUCUGUCUUUUAAGUUUAACAUAACAAAUUUAAGUUGGUUCAACUUUU